AUGCUGGCCGUUGGAUCAGCCAUGUCGGUGCUGCCCUCGCUCACACCAGCAGCAUCGCCGUCACAGCAGCCGUCGUCGUCGUCGUCGUCGUCGUCGUCGUCGCACCACUCGGCUCAAUCUCUCCUCUCGCAUCCACACCACGCGUCAAUCUCCUCCCGUGCAGCGAUCGUCACCACCGAUACCGAAAUCCAACACCAACAAUAUGCCCCAGUGCCUGCCACCUCGACCUCGUCCCUCCAGGCAGACCCAAUCACUACAUCGACCUCGGCCUCGGCCUCGACCUCGACCGCGACGCCGAGCAAGCCACUGCUGAUAGUCGGUGGCAAAGUCAUCGCUUCCCCCACCUCGUUGGGCACGAGUGGUGGUCGGCUCAAAAAGUUCAUAUGCCCCGAAUGCGGUCAAGGCUACACGAGGCCGACGCGAUUGCAGGAGCAUCAACGCGUCCACUCGGGCGAGGUCAGUCUCCCGAGAGCGAGCUAUCAAAGAGUCCGAACCGCCGCCGUCUUCUCGCUAAGCCCUCCGGGUGUCGAUCCAGCGACCUUUCAAGUGCGCAGAAUGCCCCUCGACCUUCACUCGCGAUUCCCAUCUCAAGGCACACGCUCGCAUCCAUGCCUCCGAGCAGGAGAAGCGCUACGACUGCGACGAGUGCGACAAAAAAUUCUGGACCCAUCAGCACCUCAAAAAGCACGUCCAGACCAUCCACAAAGGCAAGACCUAUGACGUAGGUUUCUUCCAAAACUUUCAGAGGUCCUCUCUCAAGGCGCGAAAUCGUGGCUGACGAGUUGUCGUCUGGUUCGGACCCCGACCACUGACCACAGUGCUCCCAAUGCGACGAAUCGUUCCGCAAACAUCAUCUACUCCGAACGCAUAUCGCCGAAGUGCAUUCGACACCGGGUACUUUCCCCUUCAUUUGCGAUGCCGAAGGAUGCGACAAGUCGUUCAAGCAAAAGACCCAUCUCACCGCUCAUCGCAAGACCCACGAUCGUGAGUCCUUUGCACUCGUGCGAUCGCCGUGCAGUCAGGGGAACGAGCUGAUCAUUGGAACGACUCGUUUAGCCUCGAGGUAUCUCUGUAUUCAUCGUGAUUGCUCAUCACUACGUUUGAGUCAGCGUCAACACGCGACAUGGUCGGCACUACAGAAGCAUACCAAGACCGUUCACCCUCCGAGAUGUCAUUAUCCAGAGUGCGACAACAAGACCUUCACCACCAAUCGAGGAUUGAGGAACCACAUCGCCACUAUCCAUGAAGGCUCGACGAGCGCCGAAGACACAGAUGCUCCCCACAAGACAACCACGUCGAGGUCAAGAAGGAAACGUAAGCGCCGCUCGGGCCGAGCACGGGGCAGUGAUGAAGAGCCCGAGGCUCGAGAGACGGAGACGGACGCCGAUGACGGGAACGAGACGAGUGAAUGGGAGCCGAGUGAAUGGGAUCGAGAAGACGAUGAACGUGAGCAGAGGAUGCUACGAGAUUUUGCCGCCGGAGGGAAGAAGAAAAGGAGGAUCGUACUCGCGCCUGAAGCGGUGUGGAAGUGUACCCAUGGAGCAUGCAAGAGGUCCUUUAAAUCGGUCAGUUUGGGUCCAAGCCGCUUGCUGCGCUCCUCGCGCAUAUGCUAAUCCAGCCAGAUUCUGUCCGUGCUUCUCAGUCCGAUGCGCUGGGUCGACACGUCAAGGCGCUUCACUCUAUCGAGCGCUUGGUGCCCGUCGUCGAGGUACCCGUACACCGGCCUCGCUCCCAGUCUCGUGGGACCUCGAUGGGGCCAGCACCGAACAAGGACGACUUGGAUUCCGCACAAGACUCGACCGAUCUAGAAGCACUACCUCCUCUGCCCCCUCUUCCCAAGCGGAAGCGCGUGCCCAAGUCUCCGACCGCGAUGUCGCUCAUCGAAUCCAUCACGGGGUAUGGAUACGCCCCUGCGGAAGAGAACGAGGGUUCGCAAGCCGCUUCGAAGCGCCAGUUCCCGUGCCCAUGGCCCGACAUCGCUGAGCUCGAUCACCGAGUGAUCGUCGACGACAUCCUCUGUAGUCCCAACGGCCAUACCGUACAGACCAGUAGCUGCGAGUAUUGGUUCUCGCGCGUGUAUGACGUCGAACGACAUCUCAGGGGUGCACACCAGGUCGUGGUCGAGCGAGAGGAAUUGGAACAAUGGUUCGAUGCCGAGUGGGAGGAAGAAGGCUGA